CACCCUCCGUAUUCGUGCGAAGCAGAAAUCCAGAUCAAGGGAGGUACACUGUAGCUUCAACAUGGAAGGCUACUCGCAGGUGCCAUACGCAUCCCUCUGUGGCCUCGCCGUCGUCGUAGCAGGGUGGCUCGCGCACUGCGUGUACAAGUGGACGAACCCGGCGUGCAGCACCGGGAGGCUCCCUCCGGGAUCCAUGGGCCUCCCUCUGGUCGGCGAGACCUUCCAGUUCUUCAAGCCAAGCCCAUCCCUCGACGUGCCGGUCUUCUACAAGGAAAGGCUGAAAAGGUACGGGCCGGUGUUCAAGACGAGCCUGGUGGGGCAGCCGGUGGUGGUGUCCAUGGACGCGGAGGUGAACCGCUUCAUCUUCCAGCAGGAGGGCAAGCUGUUCCGGAGCUGGUACCCGGACACCACCAACAACAUCUUCGGCAAGGAGAGCAUCGCCUCCUACGACGGCUCCUUCCACAAGUACAUCCGCAGCUUCGCGUCCAGGCUCUUCGGCCUGGAGAGCCUCAGGGACGUGCUCCUCGCCGAGAUGGAUCGCAACGUGACGCAGAGCCUCGCGGCGUGGGCCGCGGAGCCUGCCAUCGAGGUCAAGGACGCCGUGGCCAACAUGGUCUUUGACCUCACGGCCAAGAAGCUGAUUGGGUUCGGUCCCGAGAAGUCGAGGAAACUCAGGAAGAACUUCGAUGCCUUCUUCCAGGGGUUGGUCUCCUUCCCGCUGUAUUUCCCUGGGACAACAUUCUACAGAUGCAUACAGGGAAGGAAAAACGUGCAGAAGGUGCUCAAGGACCUACUGAAAGAAAGGCUCAGCGCACCUGAAAAGCGACACGGUGAUUUCCUUGAUGAGGUGGUCAACGAGCUACAGAGUGGAAGGGGAGUGAUAGACGAGAGAUUCGCUGUAGACUUGAUGGCCGCCCUAUUGUUCGCCAGCUUUGCGACGGUAUCGUCAUCGCUCACGGUCGCUAUGAAGUUCCUCAGCGGCCACCCCAAUGUAGUGGAGUCACUCAAGGAGGAGCAUGAAGCAAUUCUGAAGAAAAGAGAAGAUGGCAGGUCCGGGAUCACAUGGGAAGAGUACAAGUCCAUGACUUUCACUACUCAGGUUUCCAAUGAGAUAGCUCGCGUCAGUAACGUGGCCCCUGGAAUAUUCAGGAAAACACUAACGGACGUGCAAGUGAAAGGAUACACUAUUCCGGCCGGCUGGCUGGUGAUGAUCAGCCCCAUGGCUGUCCAUCUGAACCCAGAAUUGUUCAAAGACCCGUUGACAUUUAACCCAUGGAGGUGGCAGGAUGAGUCGAAGAAGAGCACCCUGCUGAAGAACUUCAUGCCAUUCGGAGGGGGCAUAAGGCUCUGUGUGGGAGCAGAGUUCAGCAGGAUUCAGAUCGCACUCUUCCUUCACACCUUGGUGACAAAGUACAGAUGGAAGGAGAUAAAAGGUGGCGAAGUACAACGCGUAUCGGAGAUCGUGUUUCCGGAGGGCUAUCACAUCCAGAUAAUCCCUAGGGAGGGAUAAAAUGAUUCACCAAUGGAAAACUCCAUGGUUCUUGAUACAAGAAAGAGAGCCUACUGUAUCGCAAGCAACUUGAUGGAUAAUCUUACUUCUUCAUAAGUUGGGUAUCGACAGAAAAAUGGCAGCGAUAGUUUCUCUACCGUCUCUCCUCUAUAAAAUGCAACUCUCCAACAUGUGACUACCAGUCUACUACUAUCUCGUUAUUUCCCAUGUCCUCCAUCAUCUUGUCAUGGAAUUUCUAAACUCAUACUUCAUCUGUCCCAAAAUAAGUGUCUCGAUUUUGUACAAACAUUGUUACAAAGUUAUAUUAAAGUCUAAUAAAGUUGGACAUUUAUUUUGGGA